AGUGCCAUUUGCCUGCAGGCCCCCCAUAAACUUUGGAUAGGGAGAGAGAGUGUACCAUUCCUUACAGGUGACUGUACCAUGUGACUUCACAGUCUUUAAAAAGCUGGCCAGCCUGUCUCAUUCAGGUACAUGUAACCACAGGGCACCUGGAGAGUCAGAGGGAGAUACCGGCAGCCCCGCUGAACGAUCCAGAGACUUCACAUUUCACUCGUUGUGCAGAGGGUGAACAGCUGACACGAUGAGCUGCAGCAGCGUCGAAGGUUCUGAAUUCUCUGAAGAAGAGUUGGAGCUUGCCAUGAUGGCACCUGGUGAUGAUGAAGGCGCAUCCAAGCAGUCUUUUCACGACAGUGAGAGCUCAUCCAGCAGCCCCGGAGAUCCGGAGGAGGGCCAGACCAAGAAGCGCAACCGGCCUGUUCGCUCCAAAGCUCGAAGAAUGGCUGCUAACGUCCGCGAGAGGAAACGCAUAAUGGACUACAACCAAGCCUUCAACGCUCUCCGGGUGGCUUUGAACCACGACCUCAGCGGCAAGCGGCUCUCUAAGAUCGCCACUCUCCAAAGGGCCAUCAACCGCAUCACUGCUCUCUCUGUGUUCCUGAGCUCGAACCCCCCCAACAAGCCCUGCAGCCACCGGGAGUGCAACCGGUCCUCUGUGGGGGGAGCCGCAAUGGGAGGAUCGCGACUUGAACAGAACAGAGCAGCAGUUCCUCGCCUGGAGCACCAGAACUACGCAUCCUGGCAUCCAGCCAUUUCUCAGCAGAUGCAGCCGCAGUCUCACCUGCACCGGCUUUCUACUGACCCACAUGUCUACAGUACCAGGUCAUCGUGCCCCCCCUCGCCCCACUACCCCUGUUACCCCACUGAGGGGCAGCUUUACGCCUCACAUGGACACUGCAGCAGCCCCCACAACCACCCGUCCAGUCCGCUCAGGUACCCUCAGAUGGGCGAAGCUUUAGGGUACCAGCCCGGCACGUGGGCGUCGUGCACUCAGACGUACAUGGACACCUUUGUGGAGCCGUCCUCCACUCUCGGGCUCCCGUGGCAGGUGAGCUGCGUGCAGGAGCCGGAGCACAGCUUCCCUCUAUGCUCUGAUAUACUGUGACUUGAUGGACCCUUAACCAGCCGUGAACCUCACUUUAGAACUGAAGUGUUUCUGCAGAGGUGCUGCAGACUGCUUCAUGUUGGAAUCUGGAUAUGAAAAAAAAAUGUUCUUCUGUGAUCAAACCUUUUGCAGAAUUGUGUUAUCUUUAAAACAUCGACUCGUCCCCUGCAGAGGUCGAAUGCAGGAUGUUGACAAACACAAGAGCAAUGACAUGAAGUGCAUUUUAAGAGCGUUUGACUGAGAAUUUGAUGCUACAUUUCUUGUUGUAUUUAUUCUGUUUAUACGUCGUUAAAAAAUGCUGAAUGUCUUCAGGUAAAAAUGCAUUAAAUGUUACAGUUUACGAUUCUUUGUCAUGCCUUCUUUCUAUAAACAUGCUCUCAUAAUCUUGCUCACAUGCAAACUUUGAAUAAGUGCACGCAUGCCCCGGGGGGCGUGUACGCCUCUCUGUGUGUGUGUGUGUUUGAUUAUAGCCUGAGGAUGUUAGUCUCCUACAUUUUGAGUGUGAAAUGACACAAGUCCUUCAAUUAGUUGAAAAAAAUGUCCACACAAGUUCAUUCUUGUCAAUUCUGUGUGGAGAAGUCGAGGUUUUGUUUUCACACAAUGUGGAGAACAAACACAACUCUGAGAACAAACGCAGAACAAAAAAAAAAAACAACACUUUUUUCUUUGCAGAAACUCUAUGCAACUGAUGAGAAGUGGGCUUCAGCCGUCCUGUUAGCUUUUCCCUCCCAGCUGAGCGUGGAAGACAGCCUUAAUAUUAGAGUACAGGACAGAAGCCACCGACAGAUUUAUGCGGGUUCAGGAAGUGCGCCUCGUCAUCAGCACAGUGAAAUCCCCGUUUGGCCUGCUCUG